AAAAAGAAACCUCUCACAACUUCCAAAAGAAUCCAUGGCCUGGAACUUCUCUCCUUCCUCCCCUCUCCCAACAUCACCUCUGAGGAUUCAGACUCUAGAGAGGUUCCCAACAAAGAGCUACUCAAUCCCAUUGAGGCCCCAUAACUCCUCAGAAAAGCACUUUUGCCCCUGUAAAGCAGUUCAAUCAGAAGGUGUCAGAGAAGAACCAAGUCUAGCAGAGUCUUCUGCGCGCACCCAGUUGGAUCUAUUGGAACAGCUCACAUCCUCGACCUCAAAUGUUAGUGGCCCCAUAAGCAUCAAUGAGCCUCAGCUACCUACGAUUCGGGAGCAACUAUCUGAACUUACAGGAGACAGAAAUGAUGAGUUCACGAUUCCACUGGGUAAAAAGUUAAAAGCAAGUAUCAAUUCCUUAACAAUAUCGCAGAGAAGAAACAUCAAGCGUCAGGCAUACCUCAAUGAAGUGGGUCGUAGAGAUGACUCUGUUUUCUUCGCAACAAUCGGCGCAUUUGUUAUCCUUCCCCCCUUUGUCAUAUUGGCUGUUGCUGUAUUAACUGGCUAUGUGGAGCUCUUCCCAUAAAUAUAUAUAUCAUAAAAGAAAUUUUUAUACUUAUUCCCGUUAAA